GCGAAAGAGUCGCCGAUUCUCGCAAAGUCCGUGAACGCGUUCGGAUCUGUUUUGUCGUGAAAAUUUUUUGAAGGCUGCAGUCAGCCGCCUUUAUAUUCCAAGACCUCAUUAGCUAAAAUAAUCGAAACGUUCUCGAGGAGAUUAAAAGGGGACGAGUACCAGAAAAUUGAAGGAGGCGUGCCCGCGAACGGCGAUUGCCGAAUUUGUGAGGUUAGCGUUCGCGCACGAGCGAGUCCGCAGCGAAAACCGAGCGCGUUUCAAAGCGUUCGCACGAUACUCCGAUCCGAGCACGCCGAUGUAAAAGCUUGCAACGAUCUCACGAUCAUGGCGGUGCGCGUGCAAUUCGAGAAUAACAAUGAGAUCGGUGUUUUCUCCAAGCUGACGAAUUCUUACUGCUUGGUUGCUAUCGGCGGAUCCGAAAACUUUUAUAGUGUGUUUGAAGCAGAAUUAGGCGAGACGAUUCCAGUAAUUCAUGCAUCAGUGGCUGGAUGUAGGAUCAUUGGCCGACUCUGCGUUGCAAACAAGAAUGGAUUAUUAGUGCCAAAUACAACUACAGACACAGAAUUGCAACACAUUCGAAAUUCCUUGCCAGAUAAUGUGAAAGUGCAGAGAGUAGAGGAGAGACUUUCUGCUCUCGGCAAUGUUAUAGCGUGUAAUGAUUAUGCUGCUUUAGUUCAUCCAGAUCUGGAUAAGGAAACUGAAGAGAUUUUAGCCGAUACCCUAAAUGUGGAAGUAUUUAGACAAACUAUUGCAAGUAAUGUUCUUGUUGGUUCGUAUUCCAUUUUAUCCAAUCAAGGUGGUUUGGUGCAUCCGAACAUGCCCAUUCAAGAGCAAGAUGAGCUAUCUUCACUUCUGCAAGUGCCACUUGCAACUGGGACAGUAAACAGGGGUAGUAAUGUGAUUGCUGCUGGUAUGGUUGUAAAUGAUUGGGCUGCUUUUUGUGGCAUGGACACUACCUCGACAGAAAUCGCUCGUAUCGAGAACGUUUUCAAGCUUAACGAAGCUAAUCCAACUCCUAUUACGUCGAGUAUGCGUGCACCUUUUAUAGAAAGUAUGUCGGACUUCUAAAAAAAAGAAUUUCUCUUAACCGAAAACACCGGAAAAAAUAUGUUGGACUAUAUAUAUUAAGUAUAUGUACAUAAAACUCUAUAUUUAUGCAAUUUUAUCAGCACAAGUGGUUAUGGCGUAGAGAUUCGUGCGUCUAUUCUCUGUGCCGAUUCAUUGUCAGUGACUAAAAGUUAUAUCCAAAAAAUUGUAACAUAAACUUGCAAUAUUGACAACGUACAUAUGCAGCAUUUUUUUCAAAGAAAAAACCAAUAAAUAUAUGAAUAAAAAGAGAAAAUCAAGCAAUGGAAAAUCAAA